CUCUUAAAACCAACCACUCUGCCUCAUCCUACCAGUGAAUAUCGAUUACCACGUGAGUCCGGCGGAUACAUCUGUUUUCACAACAGGUUGUGUUUGUCGUUAGACGAAACCUUACGUUCCCGAAUCCUUUGACACUCUUGCUACCCAAGAGUCUGCAAAAUGAUCAUUCCUGUAAGGUGCUUCACAUGUGGCAAAAUUGUUGGCAACAAGUGGGAGGCAUACCUGGGCCUGCUGCAAGCAGAAUACACAGAAGGUGAUGCUCUAGAUGCCCUGGGGCUGAAGAGGUACUGCUGUCGCCGCAUGCUUUUGUCCCACGUUGAUCUUAUUGAAAAACUGCUUAACUACGCCCCACUUGAGAAGUGAGCCAGUGAACUGUGGUGUUCUUUGUUCUACACACUUGAGCUGAUUUAUUCUUUUCUGUAAAGUAUUUGGCUCCUGGUUUCUUUAUGUAAAUAGCAAUGUGUACUGUGUUUUACUAAGGAAAUGAUUUUGACUGAUAAUAAAAAUAUUUAAAGG